UUCACAAUUCUCAUGCACCCUUCUUCUCAAAUUGAUCUGAUUUCUCGCAUUUCCAUCAAUGGCGACAAGCUUUGGAUCAAAUCAGAGAUACCCAUCUUACUAUAACGUUCUCGGCGUCUCUAUUGACUCAUCUGAGAACGACAUUCGUCAUUCUUACAGAAAACUAGCUAUGAGAUGGCAUCCUGAUAAAUGGUUAAGAAACCCAUCUCUAUUAGGUGAAGCAAAACGCAAAUUUCAAGAAAUUCAAGAAGCUUAUUCAGUUUUGUCAGAUAAGAAGAAGAGAUUAAUGUAUGAUUCUGGUUUACAUGAUUCUUUUGAAGAAGAUGCUGAUGAUGAUGAUGAUGAGGGUUUAUCUGAGUUUGUUCAAGAAUUGAUGUGUCAUGUUGCUGAUGAGAGAAGAAAGGAGAAGAUUUAUAGUAUGAGUGAAUUACAGAGUAUGUUUGCAGAUAUGGUUGGGGGAUUUGAGAUUCGUCAUGAUUUGUGUUAUCCUGUUGACGACGGUGGAUCAUCGGAUCGAUCAUACUCCGGCAGCGAUGGAUGAUUGCAGGAAUAGGAAAAGGAUGAGAUGAGAUGAUCAAAAAGAUGAAAGCUUGCAGAGGUUUGAUUCAAAACUAGGGUUUGAAGGGGAUGGAUGGAUGGGGAAGAAAGGUUGAUGAUGUUUGAAAUGAUGAAAUGUGAAUUCUUGUUUAAUGAUUUGGAAUGGAUGAUGUUUGUUUUUGGAAUUGAUUUAUGGUUUAGGGUUCUUGUUACUAUUUUGAUUAUGUUCUUGAUUAUGAUCUUGGUCACAAUUAAUGAUUUCCCUUU